AUGGCACCUCGACGCGUGCAGCGUGCUGGCUCCCAAGUCACCCGAAACACCGAGAAUUCUCUGAAGAAACAGUUGAGGGAAACAGCUGUGUUGCAAGGCGAUAGCCCUCGAAAAGGGGCUACUGGGUCCACAACAACAAACGAUUCUUCAUCGGAUAAUGAAUUUGCCGAACUCCGGGACCAGAUACGCCAACAAAAGCAGGAACUCAAGAGAUUACGCAUGGAAAAUAAAAGGAGGGCAUUGCAAGAGCUUAUCGAUUAUGAGAAACGCAUCAAGAAAACCGAAGUGCAACAAUUUCGCGGCCAGAAUCAAUAUAAGCACACCCGACCAUGGAAUACCACAAGAAACCGCACCCCAGCCUAUGCCAGAGCCCACGCACGCAUUGAAACCGCCAGCACCCCAGCACAUGUCUCGGAAUACAUGGGAAAGAACAUGCAGGAAUAUCAGACAUUUAUCGCACGCAUGGAAACCCAUUUCGAACGAAAUCGCUACUACUUUACUAAUGAUACGACGAAAGUGGUGGAAGGUACGGCACAUCUAUGCGCAACAUUUAUCCGCCUAUGGAGGCAACACGAGGAGGAAGUCGCCGAUAAACCUACCUGGGAGGACUUUCGCAAAUUUCUACUACGCCAAUUAAACGACCCUGUUAACCUGCGAAGAGAUGCGAGCCAACGCUACCAUGACGCCAGACAACAGGAUCGCAAAACGAUGCGGGAAUUCGCAGCUUACCUUAACCAAUGGGAAGUUCAGCUCCCAGAAGCAUACACAGAAAAUCAACGAAAGGAUCACCUCCGGACAAGAGUCAAGCAAGACCUGCGACAUGAAGCGCUUAAAUACCCCAACGAACCAGAGACAUAUGAAGGCUAUAUCGCCCACCUCCAAACAAUUGAAGAUUCCAUACCGGGUCGACGCAAGGAAAUAUCGCAAGCGAAGAAUAGGAGAAGCCAACACAGCUUAGCUAUGCGACACCGGACGACGACCCAGGCAACACGGAAAGACAACAACCUUCCAGUCAACGGGGCCCAGACAAAGCCAUGGAGAGGCAACAAUCGCGCCUUUAGAGGAAACUCUAAUAGGUCCCAAAGGUCAUAA